UUUCAUUCUUUCUUCAAGUCCAACUCUCAACCCAGUUCUUUUCCAAUUCCAAUCCCAAUUCCAUCUAGUAGAGUUGAUUUUAGUUGCAAGUUGUAUCCAAGUGGGAUGAGAAACCGAGUGGGGGAUUCUGUUGGAUGUGGGAGGAGAGAGAAAGAGAGAGAAGAGAGGGAGGAGAGGAAGAAUCGUUGAGAAAAGGUUUGUUGAUGGAAGCAUUGAAGGGUUUCGUUUCGUUUGUAUCGGUUGUUUUAUUUUUUCUUUUUAAAAAAUAAAUAAAAGAAAAUAAAUAAACAAAAGAAAAUUGUUUCUCUACGUCCAUUCUCUUUCCUCCUUUUCCUCCUCCUCCUCUAUGACUCUAUGACUCUCCUCUACGUCCAUUCUCUCUCUCUCUCUCUCUCUCACUGUGUGUCUCUCACUCUCUUCCUCCUCUGUAUCAAUUACCGUUCCACACAAUCCAUUCCUAUUCCUCCUUCCACCACGCUACUACGACGUCUUUCUUUCAUCACGCUCCUUUGUUCCUUUGUUCCUUCCACCGACCGAUCCAGUCCGUCACUCACACACACACACUCUUUCCCUGCCCAUACAAAUGGAACCUCCUUGCUUGGUCGAUGUCAUUUGGGCAGCCAACUGAUCUGGCACUUGAACGCUGGUUGGAACUGCAAGAGAUCAGCUGUGAUGGAAGGCAAACAGCAACAAAAAGACGAGGCAAAACUCGACGGCGUCGUUCGUUGUCGUGAUGGUUUUACUGAAGAAAAAUAAAAAGAAAAUAAAAAAAAACAAAGAGAGCGAGAAGAGCCGAAAUGAACUGAACUGAAAUGAACUGAACUGAACUGAACCGAAAGUAAAGACGGUCUGGUCUGGUCUUUCUCUCUCUCUUUCUCUCUACCAAGCCUCUCCUCUCCUCUUCUCUCCUCUCCUCUUUUCCCCUCAUUUCACCUCAUCAUCAUCACCUUUUCCCACCCUUUUUCCCUCUUUUUUAUUGGAACCUUGUUUUCCUCUCUCCUCCUUCAUUCUCGUUGACCCCACUGUGUCUGGUUUUCCCGUCCCCCCACAUAAUAUCAUUUGAUAGAGACUUUUCUCUUUGUGUUGAAAGAACCGAACCGACGACGACCCUCGUUCGUGUCUAUUUCAUAACCGAAAGAAAGAAAAAAAAAAAGACCUGGAACGAGACCCACAACGCGUUUUUAUUUGGAGACUCUUCGAGUCUUUUUUUUUUUUUUUU